CAUCCUAACCAUCUUAUCUCUCGCUUAGGCAAAGCUAUAGCUAAGGAGCGGACUAAAGCUAAUUUAGGGGCUAAGUAUAGCUUGUACUUUAAGCUUUUACAUAAAAAGAUUAAUGAGUACAAUAUACAACCUAUUAAUAUAUUUAAUAUAGACAAAAAGAGGUUUUAA